AGAUCCGCACCCCAUCGACUUUCACCGUGGGAGGCCCGACCGAUCCGAGACGGUGGCGGCGCCGGAAGAGGCGGCAGACAGUGGCGGCGGUGCAGGGGGGGCGGCUGAGGCCCGUCUAGCGGCAUGCACGCCAAUGUGCACGCGGACAGGAACGAGUGGCGGCUGCCGCCUGACGAUACCCUACAGGUCGGAGGCGGCGACAAGAACAAGAAGUCCGAGGAGCUAGCACUACACGACGAUGAAGGGCAUAACUGGUGGUCCAUAAUAUUCUCUCUACUGGUUAUCGGCUUGGUCAUUUCUGGAAUAGUGGCGGCCAUUUUCAUUGUUGGUUACGUAGAUGAACUCCUCUAUUGGCAUGGCCAACGAAUGCAACUCGAAGAAUUACUAGAGGGUGAUCUGAAUCCAAAACGAUUGCCUUCCUCAUGGAUAUCCCCCACUCACUUCGUCUUUCAAUCAGAUGACGGUAGCCUUUCAAUCCUAGAUACUAGCAAAAAUAUCAGCGUUUCAGUUUUAGUUACGAAUAAUACUCUGAGACAAUUGAAUGUUAAAGGGUAUCAGGUGUCGAAGGACCUUACCUAUGUGCUCUUCCAACAUAAUCUUAAAUCAGUAUUCAGACAAUCCUAUACAGCGCAUUACACCAUCUAUGACGUCAGCAAAGAUCAUCAUAUUCCAGUACGACUGGAAUCGUCUCCAAAAGCUCAACCAGAACGUCUCCAGUACGUUUCAUGGUUAGGCACCACGACAGCUCUGUUGAUAGUCUUCAACAACGACAUCUAUCACAGAAGUUCUCCUACAGCGGAAACAGACGUCAGAAUAACCUUCACUGGACAACCUGACGUGGUCUACAAUGGCAUUCCAGAUUGGUUGUACCAAGAAGACAUUCUGCGAACGCCAGAGGCUUUGUGGAGUUCCCACGAUGGGACGCAUCUUCUGUAUGCAACCUUCAAUGAUAGCCAAGUUGGCAUCAUGAAUUUUCCUUGGUUUCAGACUGGGUCCGUUUUAGGAUCUUCUGGCGUAUCUCAAAGAGCGCCUUCUUUUCCUUCUUCCAGAAGCGUACGAUACCCAACGCCUGGGACUCCUAUUCCACUAGUACAACUUUGGGUCGUCGACAUUUCGAAUUUGACAAACCUAGAGUACCAUCAAGUGUUGCCACCAAAAGCCUUAUUAGGACAGGAUUAUUAUUUGACGUCGGCUGGCUGGAUCGGUCAGCGAAAUACUCAGGUUUCCGUGGUGUGGAUAAAUAGGGCGCAAAACCUCAGCAUCGUGUCGGCAUGUCUGGCUCCCAACUGGACAUGCAUCGAGACACACGCUGAAAGAGCCCUAGAAAAGUCCUGGCUCGAGAUAGAAGAACACCCGGUGUUCUCGCCGGACGGUGACAGUUUCCUCAUGUUGGCUGCUGUACAAGAGGGCAGUCGAGAGACUUACACCCACAUCAAGCAUGUCACGGUGACAAGGCAACACAUCGCUGUUCUUAGUCACGGCAGGCAUGAGGUCAGCAAAAUACUGGCUUGGGAUACUGUCAGUCAUCUGAUUUGGUACUUGGCGACAGAAGAAAACAAACCUGGCCAGCAUCACUUGUACAUGGUGAGAGACCCUAGCAUCGACGACUCCCGACGUCUUGAAUCGCACUGUAUAACCUGCGAUCUGGGAGACGUGCUGUGGAGCAGUCGAUAUCUCUACGGCAAUUGUACGCACUUCAAUGCGCAGGUCAGUCCUCGGUCCGACAAUCCGCGUACCCCCGCCUACUACGUCCUCCAUUGCGAAGGCCCCGGCCUGCCUCUGGCUGCCGUCCACAACGCCGCCAAUCACAAGCUGGUCGAGAUCCUGUACGACACUCGGCCCUCGAGAUGGGCCCUUCUGGAGAAGUACGCCAUGCCGAAACGCAAGUCGUUCGAGGUUAACCUACCGCAAGGCAGUAGGGCGCAGGUGCAGCUGCUGUUGCCGCCAUCUUGGCGGGAAGAGUUGAGGGACGCCGCUUAUCCGGUGCUGGUCGAAGUCAAUGGUAGGCCGGGCAGUAAAUCGGUUACGGAGAAAUUCAAAGUGGACUGGGGCACAUACAUGUCCAGCCAUUGCGACGUGGUGUACGUGAAACUGGACGUCCGCGGAGCCAGAGGACAGAGCGAUAGAUCGCUGUACCACCAACUGGGGGGCGUAGAGGUACAGGACCAGGUUACGGUGCUGGAGCACCUCCUAGAAAAAUACAAGUAUUUGGACAAGACGCGCGUAGGCAUUUGGGGGUGGGGGUAUGGUGGAUACGUCACUUCCAUGGUGCUGGGCUUAGGUAACCAGCAGAAGGUCUACAAGUGCGGUAUUUCAGUCAGUCCAAUCGCCGACUGGCUAUAUUACAAUUCCGCGUUCACGGAACGCAUCCUCGGUUUUCCCGCGGAAAACUACAAGGGGUACGUGGAAGCGGACGCUACCCAGCGUGCCCGAAACGUGCCCAAAAAAUCGUUCUUCCUGAUCCACGGCCUGGCCGAUCUGACGGCCCCCUAUCAGCACGGGAUCUCGCUGGCGACCGCCUUGACUGACGCCAGGGUGCUUUUUAGAUAUCAGAGCUAUGCCGACGAAGGGCAUGAACUAGAAGGUGUGAUAGAACACGUGUACAGAUCGAUGCAAACUUUUUUUGAAGAGUGCCUUAACCUCGACACCGACGAGAAAGCGAAAGAGAGAGAGGAGAAAAAGGAGAAGGACGAGGCGAAGAAGUGAGCGGAGGGGUCGAGAGGGUUCAGGUGCGGUUGGCGAGGCGGUCGGAUCUUCCCGGAUGGCUUAAUACAAUCAAUAAUCUUCUUUAUAUGAGAAUUUUAGCGCAUUUUAUUCUUUCUAUCGGGUGUCAACCAAAUCAUUAGCCAAGGCGUUAUUCAGUCGUUUUAAAUGUUCCCCAAAACCCACAUUUUCCCUGAAAAACCCUGAAAAACCGAAUUCUAUUGCCUAACUUUUAUAGUUUCAUAUGUGGCGGCUCGUGACUUUCAUGACAGAGGAGGCUGAAUGAUAUGAGAUUUAUUGUAAAAAACAACUCUCUACUCACCCAAAUCAAUAGCUUUGAUGACAUUCUGUUUACCAGUUAACCUGAACUUAAUACUUGAAGAGAUGUGUUCCUGUGAUUUGCAGUGUCUAUCCAAUCCGCGAGCCAAAUUUUCCAAAUCAUUAUAUCCUAAUCGCCCUCAACAUGAUGACUUAUCGGUUGAAAAUAAUACGCAGUACGAAAAAAAUAGCUUAUUCCUUACCUCAGAUCCCGUCAGCCAGAUAUAUUUUUUUAUAAUUAUCAGAAUUGAACGAACGAUUUCGUUUGUUACCUGUUGAAAUCAGAAUUUUUAAUUCCGGUGUCGGACGUUUGUUUUUCACAAUCAAUUUAUCUUCAUAAUACAAAACACUGAAUGGGUUCACCAAAAAGUAUUCCACUAAAUCGCAAUCGUUUAAAACACUCAUUUUUCAGAAAUUUAUAGAGCCCCUAACCAUUAACCUAACAUAAACAUAAACAAUGCCCGCAAUUCGCGACGCGACACGACAAACACGUGCUAUUCGGGCGUAUUCGGGCAUUUGCAUUGCGCGAGUGGGUUGCGCAUUGUGAAGGAGUCUAGCCUCCUAUGGAUGUUGCCAAGUUGAAUAUUUUACGCGUGAUUUGCAGACUUCAACGUGUGAUGCGUGGGCAAGCACUGUUGCCAAUUCGAAAAUAUUUACCUAAAAACAGGAAAUAAAAUCAAAAUCCAUGUAUUUUGGUGUCCUUUUAAUGAGGAAGUAAAGAUAAUAUCAGUUCAAGGAAAAUCUCUGAGGAGGCUCAGCCUCCGUUGCCUCCUCUGAGGAGCCGCCACUGGUUGAUAAGAGUGUUAUUUAUUUAGGUGUACUGAAGAAUGAAACAACCUUCAAUGAUUUUUUUGAAUUGAAGAUAACAACAAGCAUCCAUCUGCAGAUAAACAGUGUUAAUUUCAUCUAAAAUUUUCGAGAAAAUUCCAGUAAAUAAAUGUUAUUUUGAGGAAUUAAUAAAAGAAAUCCUGAUUGGCGAUUAAUCAAAACUUUUGCAUUUCACCAAUAACUAAUCAAAGUGAUGUUUAUUUUACUUGAUGACCUAGGUCUAUUUUCGGUGGAACCGGAAUAGUUUUUUCAUGAAAAAUAUGUGUUUUCAAGGAAUUAUAUCUCCGAUUCAAAUGUCAAAGGUCUAACAUAAAAAAACAACUGAAUGACAUCCUGGCCAUCAAUGAUUUCGUUGUAUAUAAACCAGUAUAGUGACUCAACACUCAGUACUCGUCAAAAGUCUCAUGUUUUGUUUUAUUUUCUCGUAGUUAUCGCUUUCGCUUUCCUAUUUUUUGUGAUAUUGAUGCAUCAUAUUCGUGUUUUGGGAAACAUUGAAGUUUUGACAAAGCCUUAUGGUGAAAAUACAGGGUAAAAUUUGUUGCGGAAAUGCCAAUAUACCAAUGAGGUUUUUUCAAUUCUGUUCCAACAACAAUUUUUCCAUGGAACGACAAUCUUACAAACAAAUCAAGGAAUUUUAUUUUCUCGAAAUUUCAUGACAAUUUUACUUUCCAAAAAUUGUGUUGAUUGCGCCGGUAUGAUGUUGAUUGUUUGUUGUAAUUGAACAAUAGUGCCUUUAGAACAUAUUUGUUUUUUGCGAAAUCAUGAUGCACCAAUAGUUUGAGAAUUAAUUGUUGAAAUAAUUAUAAUAUUUUAUAUGAUUUUGCUAGAUCUUAUUUUUUUUUUCAAUCUUCCAUACACCUACUUAUUCAGAAAUAGUGCAGAAAAUGUCAAUUAUUAAAAUUUUUGAAAUGUUCACAUAAUGCGUAGUACCUAAACUAAAUGACUAAAAUCAAAUGUUUACAUAAUAAAAUCGAACUUGAGCUUCUACUCUUCUGAAAAUCCAUGAAAAUAUGGUUGUGAAAAGUGAUUAACGAGGACAAUUUCGAGCGUUUCAAUCAAUAUAAUUGAGCAAGUACUAUAUAAAUAGUGUAAAAAUUUUCGCUUGAGUAAAAAACUAGAGCUGUGCUUUAUUCACGGCAAAACGACGAUCUUAAUAUUGAUUGAAAGUUCAUACACAAACAAUCCGAAAAAUUUACAUACAAAAUACAUUUUCAUCCAAUACAACAAACGAAAUCAUGAAUCUAUUUCCUGAUUUUUCACAGUGUAUAGCUUCAACUGAUUUCUUCAUUUAUUGAUUUUCGAUAGUUUUUGUAUGAAAUUUCAACAGCUUCAUUCUUCCAAAGCUAUAAAUUCUUAUAAACAUUUUUUAUUAUCGAAUUCAUCUUCCACUGAAUUGAAUUAUAUUUUUAAUUCAACUAAAUGAAGUUUUGAUUUGUACUAAAUAAUAUUGACAGAGCAUUCGAGAAUGCAAACUGAAACAGAAUAUAAUUUUAUUCUUUCAUACCCUUCAUGGAAAAAUCUAUCAAUGUUUUAUAUAACUAAUUCUUCCUCUUCCAAACAAUAUACCUAAGUACUUCCGAAUCAUUUUUGUACAGGUAAAUGUUUAAGGAUAAAUGAUAAUCGUGCAGAACACCAAUGAAUAAAAUGAAGAAUUUCUCAUUAAAUGGAAUUUACUUUGAGAAUCAGCAUUGUUAGAUGAUGCAAUGGGCAUUUGUUUUGUUUUGUAUUAUUGAGACAUUUUACGAUGCAAGAAUUGUUUACAAUAAAUCGUUACUUG